AAUGCAGGUCAGGUCUGAACAGGUCGGGCCGACGAGCUCUGAGCCGAGGAGCGUCGGUGAAACAUGAGGGGGUACAGAACCAUCAAGUACAGCCUGUUCUGCUGCUGCUACGUCUUCUGGGUGGCGAGUUCCGUCCUGGUCGCCGCUGGAGUCUACGCCAAGAUCGCUAAGGAGAAAGAUGUGAUCGACACUCUGACGGUUGACCCCGCCCUGGUGUUGAUCUUGAUUGGCUCUGUCAUGUUCUUCAUCAACGUCUUCGGCUGCUUGGGAGCGUUGCGCAACGCCAAGUGCCUCCUGCGAACGUUUCUAGGGAUACUGUUGGUGAUCCUCCUUCUGCAAAUCGGAGUUACAGUUCUGGGCUACAUCUUCAGUGAGAAGGUGAUCCAGAGGACGGAGCAGCUGAUGCUGAGAGCGCUGGUCGGCUACAGAGAGGACCUGGACCUGGAGAACGCCAUCGACUUCAUCCAGAAGAAGUUCCAGUGCUGUGGGGUGCAGGCCUUCACCGACUGGUCUCUCAACGCCUACUUCAACUGUUCUGAGACCAACCCCAGCCUGGAGGCCUGCGCAGUCCCCUUCUCCUGCUGCACCGGCCUGCAGUCCCAGACGGUGAUGAACACCAUGUGUGGCUACGGGGUGCAGCGGGCCGAGGGGAGCUCCGCCCAGGAGGAGGUGUACACCGCCGGCUGUCUGGAGCAGAUCCUCUGGUGGAGCAAACACCACCUGCUGCUGGUGGGGGGACUGGCUGGAGCACUGCUGCUGGUGGAGUUGUGUUUGGUUUGUUUGGCAGCAGCUCAGAUCUCCAGGAUCCGGGUGGAGCAGCGGAGGGUGGAGCAGCGGAGGGUGGAGCAGCGGAGGGCGGAGAGCCGCCAGCGGAGGAAGGAGAGCCCCUGGCUGCCUGCCGUCAGGCCGUUCCCUGAGCCGGACGCUAACACUAGCUCCUAGCUACACGCUAAGGCAGAUAGCAGAGGCUCAAAGAGGCUAGCUACAUGCUAGCUACUGAGAUCGAUGCUCACAUAGAACCUCACCACAUAGAACCUUCCAUACAUAGAACCCCUUCACAUAGAACCUCACCACAUAGAACCUUCCAUACAUAGAACCCCUUCACAUAGAACCUCACCACAUAGAACCUUCCAUACAUAGAACCCCUUCACAUAGAACCCCACCACAUAGAACCUUCCAUACAUAGAACCCCUUCACAUAGAACCCCACCACAUAGAACCUUCCAUACAUAGAACCCCUUCACAUAGAAACCCAUCGCAUCACAUAGAACCUUCGUUCAGAACCUUCCUCCCAUAGAACCUCAAGUUGUCUAAAUAUUCCACAUCAGGUCAAGGAAGAAGUUGUACAAUAAAAUAUCAUUUUAUUAUAUGAA